CUUAUAACAACGCAUGCACACGCUUCUUUUGGUGAAUAAACAGAGCCUGAGUGCGGACGCUAUGAAGGCGCUUCAGCUAUCGCUUUUCUUAUGGGGAUUGAUUGGAGCUAUUGGCUACUCCAACAUCCACAUCAACCAACACGUGGAUAGUAUUCUGCAAUCAUCGUUGAUGCCACGCUAUCUGCGUUCGGGUGUCAUGUAUCCAUUCACCUUUCACGUGGAGUCGACAUUCGUCUCCAAUCGUGAGCUCAGAGCGGAUUUCCAAAAAGGACGUAUGGUACCGCCUGAACCUCCUCUCAGAAGGUUAGGAGAUUGUUCCUCAGUUACGGAGGCAGAAACCAGAGCACAGCAGAGAACGGCCAUCAUGUGCAACGUUUCCUUGAGCGACUUCAGGGCAGCGUACAAGGGAUUCACGGUGGGCGAAGAUUGGCACCAAACCAACAAGAGCAUCGAUGUUGAGGCAACUUUUCUUGACACAGUGGUGUAUUUCGAAGUGCUAUACAGAGUAGGAACUCCGGCAGAAAUGGUAUCCUGGAGGGUGGCUCCGCUCAACGCUCAAGUAGCCGCCUUGUCAAGAGAACCGGACCUCAAUAGUGAAAGAAGACAACGUUUCGACGCUGAACUCAAGAAGAACUUAGAGGCCGCGGCCGCGACUUUUUUCAACGGAUGGCUAUACGUAGCAAUAAGGAAUGCCUUUCGAUUUGAACCGCCGCUGGAGUAACUCGCUGUAAUUGCCAUUUAGGAAUGCUACCAUGCGAAACAAUGCAGUUUAGACGCGUGUACAAUUGAACCUUUGAAUGCUAUAAACGGAUUAUUCGAC